GAAUUAGUUUACACCGAACCGCCGAGAGAGCAACUUCGUGCCUCGUGUUUUCCCUUUUUGUUAAUUAAACGGUGAAGAUAUGGUAGUAUUUGUUCUAAGGUGAUGAUUUAUAUUAAUUGAUUAAUAAGUGAAGUGAAAUUAAUAUGGAAUAAAGUGGUGAGAUGUGGCAAAAGUGAUAAGUGAUUUAAAUUUGUGGAUUUGAUAAUUGGAGAUACAAGUUGAUAAUUAAAUUAUUAUUGUAAGGAGAGAAGCUUGCUAGGAAUAGUUGUAGUGGAUAGUGUGCUGACGUGUCGAGGCUUAAGCAUUGUCUUGAGAAAGUAAAAGACCUUGGCGGUAAUUUAAAGUGAUAAAAGAGAAGGUGGAAAGUGGAGGAUGUACCCCAGUGCUGGUAUUAAUGCAGCAGCUGUGGCUGCGGCAGCUGCUGCACGUCACCCGGGCCCACCGCAGCCCGGGCAGCCGUUCAAGUUUACGGUGGGCGAAUCCUGCGACAGGAUUAAGGAGGAGUUUGGUUUUCUUCAAGCGCAGUACCACAAUAUGAAAUUGGAGUGCGAAAAAUUAGCGACUGAGAAAAUUGAAAUUCAAAGACAUUAUGUGAUGUACUAUGAAAUGUCGUAUGGACUCAACGUGGAAAUGCAUAAACAGACGGAAAUAUCUAAGAGACUGAAUGGAAUAAUUGCUCAAGUCCUGCCGUUUCUAUCCCAGGAACACCAACAACAGGUACUCACCGCCGUCGACAGAGCCAGGCAGGUUUCGAUGACUGAUCUCAACUCUAUUGUCGGGCAACAGAGGCCAGACAUACCCAGGCUGUUACAGCAGAUGCACGCCCAGCAACUACCGCCUGGAACUGCGAUGGGGCCUCAUCCAGGACUACCUGGACUUCCUGGUUUAGGUCAACCUGGUGGACUUCAGGUCCCUACAUCCGCUUCCGCGGCGCUUCUUGGCCUUGGGCUUACACCGGGUGUUGCUACAACUGCUGGUAGUAAUUCAGCUCAUCCACUUGCCAUACUUGGAAAACCGGAACAUCAUCGGGGCCAACCGGAUGAUCUCAAAAGCAACGGAGGGCUCAGUUCGACAGAGGAACGACACCGAAGCUCGAUAUCGCCAGGCGAUAAAUACAGCAGACCAAGAACACCCCAAGAUUCACAUCACGGACAUUCACAGAACCACCACGACCAUCCGCUGCAUAAAAAAAUGAAAAAGGAACAGGACAAGGAUAUUGGACAUAGUGACGGUGAAAAGAGUGACCAAGAUUUGGUAGUAGACGACGCAAGUGAAGAGCCAACGAGCCCUGUAGUAAACGGAACCACGUCGCCGCGGGAAAACGGCCUCGACAAGGUUUCCUCGUUGAAUUCAAACGCCCAAGUUAAAAAAGACAUUCCACCUCACUCUCCCAGGAGCGGAACGAGCAGCAACGCGAGCACGCCCUCCGCGAAGAAGAUGGAGGAGCGCGAGAAGCCAACGACGCCGAUUUCAAAGCCAAUGACGCCGACCUCAGCCUCGGGGGGUGUAAAGGCCACGAGCUCGAGCAAGCUUCUCCAAGGACCACCACCCCAGGGAGUUGCUGGAGGUUACCCCUCGCAUUACCCUCCGGGACCUCCUACGCAUCAUCUCCCACCCGCGGGGCUCCAUCCUCAUGUAGACAUGAUGGGCUACAAUGGAUACGCCGCGCCACGGGGACCACCUUCGCUUCAGCAGCUCUACGAUCCUCAUAAUGCCAUCAGGGCACCCGCUGGUGCUGUUGGAGUUCAUGGAGGCAAACCAGCUUACAGCUUCCACGUGCCAAGCGAGGGUCAAAUGCAGCCCGUGCCAUUUCCACCUGAUGCGCUUGUCGGACCGGGAAUACCACGGCACGCGCGUCAGAUAAACACUCUCACUCAUGGCGAGGUUGUAUGCGCCGUAACCAUCUCAAACCCCACCAAGUACGUUUACACUGGGGGCAAGGGCUGUGUCAAAGUCUGGGACAUCGGUCAGGGAGGCCGCAGCACCGGUCUCAAUCCAGUGUCCCAGCUGGACUGCCUCCAGCGCGACAACUACAUCAGGUCGGUCAAGCUCCUCCCCGACGGAAGAACGCUCAUCGUCGGAGGUGAGGCCAGCCAACUCAGUAUCUGGGACCUGGCGAGUCCCACGCCGAGGAUAAAGGCUGAAUUGACGUCUGCUGCGCCAGCCUGCUACGCUCUCGCGAUAUCUCCAGACUCAAAGGUCUGCUUCAGCUGCUGCAGUGACGGAAACAUCGCCGUCUGGGAUCUCCAGAACCAGACACUCGUCAGGCAGUUCCAGGGACACACAGACGGCGCCUCCUGCAUAGACAUCUCCGCAGAUGGGUCGAAGCUCUGGACCGGCGGGCUUGACAACACCGUGAGGUCUUGGGACCUCAGAGAAGGCAGACAGCUCCAGCAGCACGACUUUACCUCCCAGAUAUUCUCACUGGGGUACUGUCCCACCGGAGAGUGGCUCGCGGUUGGAAUGGAGAACUCUAACGUCGAGGUCCUCCACGCGAACAAACCCGACAAGUACCAGCUUCAUCUCCACGAGUCUUGUGUCCUGUCACUUAGAUUCGCCUCUUGUGGGAAGUGGUUCGUCUCCACCGGCAAAGACAAUCUACUUAACGCUUGGCGUACGCCUUAUGGUGCCUCCAUAUUCCAGUCAAAGGAAUCAUCGUCAGUAUUGAGCUGUGACAUUUCUGCUGAUGACAAAUACAUCGUUACCGGUUCGGGUGACAAAAAAGCAACUGUAUAUGAAGUCAUGUAUUAAUAAUAAUAAUUAUUUAUAAAAUUAUAUUUAAUUGUAGGAUUAUUAUUUUAAAAGUUUUAAAUUUUAAUCGACGCGACAGUUACGUUUGCCUUUAUGUCAUUGUAAAUAUAUUUUUAAUUAAAGUUUGUUAUUGUUGUCGGCAGGAUGAUAGUGAAGUGUUCUGUGAAAAGUUUUAGUAUUAAAAUGAUAAUUACUUUAAUAAACAUUUAAAUAAGGUUAACGGCAAUUUGCAUUAAUAUAUAAAUUAAAUAUUAAAUCAUUGUGAGAUUUAAUUUACCUUUACUUUAAUUACACAUUUAGAUUUUUUUUAUCCGAAUUUAAAUUUAAAUUUAAACGCUGACAUAAUAAGAAAAUUUUAUUUAUAUUUUAGCAAUUGUUGGAUUUUGUUUCUACGAUAGAUUAAUCUUUUUUUUUUUUUUUUCAAAUUGUAGUUAAAAUAAACUUUACAUUUAAAUAGUUUUAAUAUUAAUAAAAAAAAUAAUUAUAAAAUUAUUAAUAAAAUGAUAUAACAAUAACGUUGUUACUUAGUGUACACAUUGUAUGUAUAUAUAUAUAUAUAUAUAUAAACGUUACACAUACUGUCAUAUUUUUAUACGUUAUAAGGUGGAUAAAUAAAUAAAAUACCAAUCUCUUUUUUCUUAUUUUAUAAAUGUAAAUAUUAUAAAUUUGUUUCACGUGUAUUGUUUACUGUAAGAUGCCGAGUAAACGAAAGAUUUUAACGAAAAUAAACAAUUUUAACACUUAAAAAA